CAGUCACCGAGCGCUGCCAGCGGCGGGGAUGUGGCCGUACGCGGUGGCCGUGCUGCUGGCGCUGCUCCUGCUGCGCCGCUGGCACCGGGAGCGGCAGACGGUGCCGCGGCUCUCGGAGAAGCACGUGCUGAUCACGGGAUGCGACAGCGGCUUCGGGAAGCGGCUGGCCCGGGUCCCAGGGUCUUUGCAGCUCCCGCUGAUCCCCUCCACCUCGGGCAGGCGGGAGCUGCGUCCCUUCGGGGUGAGGGUCUCCAUCAUCGAGCCCGGAGGCUUCCAGACGGGAAUGACCGACCCCGCCCCGCUGGUGGAGGGCUUCCUUCGCCUCUGGGAGCGGCUCCCGGCAGAAACCCAGGCAGCUUACGGCCGCCACUACCUGGACAAAUAUGCCAAGAGCACCACCCUGCUGCACCGCCUGAGCAGCUCCCGGCUGUCGCACGUCACCGAUGCCAUGACCCACGCGCUGCUGUCCCGCUGUCCCCGCAGCCGCUACGCCGCGGGCUGGGACGCCUGCCUCAUCUUCCUCCCGCUCAGCUACUGCCCCUCCUGGCUCUCCGACACCAUCAUUGGCUUCUUCCUGCCCGUCCCGGCCAGCGGGACCCCCUGAUGGCCACCAGAGCGGGGACACGGCCCGUGGGUGUCUCGGGCUCUGCAGAACGUGCUCAAUAAAGCUGGGCAAUGCUGGG